AUGUUAUCUAAUACAUCAAGAGGGCAGCAAUAAAAUCAAUUUUCAAAGACUUAAACUCAAACUCUGAUUCCCCUUUCUGAAUUAAAUCACAUUAGGGGAAAGCUUAAGGGGGGCAAUUUGGCUCAAGAAGAACGAUAACUAGAUAAAAUGAGAAUGAAGGCUAAUUCUGAGGAAAGGAUGAAACGUUGGCCUACCUCAAUAGCAGCUUAUAAAUAAAAAAGAGAUUAGCAUAGAUUUGAGAAAUUCACUGCAGCGGAGGAAGAGAGAAGGAAAAUUGACAUUGAAGAGGAGAUCUUUUAGAAAGGAGAAAAGAAAAUUACGUUGGAAAAAGCCAACAAAUAAAUUUAUGAGGAGAAUGACAGAGUUAAAGCAUUUCAUGGAAAAAUGCUCUUUUCUGAUGUGUUGUUAGAGAGGGACGAAUAAAUUGUGAUGGAGAAAUACAAGAAAGAACUUCUUAACUAAUAAGAAGAGAUCUAUAAAUAAAUAAUAGAAGAACAAUUAGAAGAGUACGAUUAAAAGGAGACUUUGAAAUAGAAACUGUAGCAAUAAAGAAAGAAGGAAUAAAAGGAUAUGUUACACAAAUAACACGAAGAAAUGAAAGAGAAAUAUCUCACCAGAUUGAAAGAAGAGAGGAUUGAAGGAGAAUUGAUUAAAUAAAAGGUUAAGGAUGCUUUAGAAGAUGAAUAGAAGAUUUAAAGAUUAAAGUAGGAAAAGAUAUUGGAAAAUUAGAGAUUAGUAUAGCAGGCGAAUGAUUAACUGAAGGAGUUUAAAGUGUAAUAAAAAAUUAAGGAGAAAGAAGAGGAUGAAAAGAUAAGAUAACAUGCAGAUAAGAAAUAGAGAAUAGCUGAGAUGAGAAAAGUUAGAGAGGAUUUAAAAUUCCAUGAGAAAUAGGAACAGAGAUAAAAAAUGAUUGAUCGUCAGAUAUAGUAGUUAGAGAUAGUUAAAAAAGCCCAGGAAGAACAUUUGAAUAAAUAAAUUAUAGAAGCACAAGUAAAAGCUGAAGAGGUUGAGAAAAUAAAAAAGUAGAAGAAGGAACAAAUGUGUAGAGCAAUUGAUUACAGUAGAAAGAUUAAGGAUGAAGUUAAAGACAGAGAGGCGAAAUCUGUUGAUUAUCACAAAAAGGAAUUUCAAACCUAUUGGGAAAAAAGAGGGAGGGAACUAGAAGAGAUUGAAAGAGCAGAAAUUACAGCAUAAAGAGAGAGAAGAGUUCAGAAUUCCAGAUUCUAAUAAGAUUAAAUUAAUGAAAAAAUAGGUCUAAGGGAAAAAGAAUAUCUUGAAUAAUUAGAUUAAUAGGAAGAGAAAUAAAGAAAGAUAGAAAAGGAGGAUGAGAUUUUCAUGAUGUGGGCAAGUUAAAAGAUUUAAGAGCAAUCUAGAGAAGGAAAGAAUAUAUUGCCAUUAAUAAAAGAAUUAAAAAAUUUAAGCAAAGUCUAAUGA